AUGUCCCGCCUCCUCACCCUCUCCACCAAAAUCCACUCCCUAACCACAACUCUCAGCACCCACCACACGCAAACCAACACUCCACAACCCUCCUUCUCCGAAGACCAGCCUCCCAUUCCCUCCAGCCCACCUCCCCCAGACCUCCUCGCCACGCAGGAAGCCCUCUCCGAAGCCCUGGAAGAACUCUACUGGCUCAACCAAGGCCCCAUCGGCGGCGUGAUCAACAAAGCUCUCGCCUCCUCAGUCGGGCUGCAGUUCGUGCUGAAGGGGAUGGGGUUUGGGGAGUUGGCGGGGAGGAUUCGGGUGGAGGAGAAGAGAGUUGCGAGGUUGUUGAGGCUUGCUAUGACGGAUCAUUUGUUUUGUGAGCCGGAGCCGGGGUGGGUGAGGCAUACGAGUUUGACGAGGGCGUUGAGGGAGGUGGAGGGGUUGCGGGGUUGGUGUGUGAUGUAUGUGGAGGAGAUGGCGCCCGCUGUUGGGAAGGCCGUCGAUGCGGUGGCCAAGUGGCCUGAGUCCGAGGAGCCGAAUGAAUGCGGUUUCAACAUUGCCAAUGCAACCCGCAAGCCGAUCUUCACCUUCUUCUCCGAAGACGCCCCUUCGCGGGCUACUCGCUUCAAAACCGCCAUGGCCUUCCACGAGCACUUCCCCGGUCUCGAAAGAUCCCACGUCCUUACUGGCUUUGACUGGGCAUCUCUCCCUCAUAACGCCACAGUCGUGGAUAUAGGCGGCUCCCAUGGCGGAGUGAGCAUCGAGCUGGCGAAAGCAUUUCCGAAGUUGAACUUCGUCGUGCAGGAUCUGCCAGAUGUGAUAGACGAAGCUGGCAAGGACGACGUAGAUGGAAGAGUGAAGUUCAUGGCCCACGACUUCUUCACCGAACAGCCCGUCAAGGACGCGGAUGUGUACUUCAUGCGGUUCAUCCUCCAUAACUGGUCGGAUAAGUACUGCGUCCAGAUCCUACAGGCAUUGGUUCCAGCAUUGAAGCCUGGCGCGAGGAUAUUGCUGAAUGAGCAGAGUUUGCAGCCUUCGUCUGCUGUGCCGCCUAGAUAUGAGAGGUGGCAAAGGGCUGCCGAUAUCAACAUGAUGGCGGUGUUCAAUUCUCAAGAGCGAGACGAGACCGAGUGGGUUGAGCUGUUCCGUAAGGCGAGUCCACGGUUCGAGCUGGAGGAAGUUAGGAGGACCGAAGGCGCACUGUUGGAUAUGAUCGUGUUCACGUGGAAAUGA